AUGACUGCGCCAAUGCCUGGCACGUGGGCUUCCUCACCGCAGUCAGGCGACCGUACGGGAGGGAUCUCCAGGAGGAAAAGGAAGACGCGCACACCGCAUGACAGGCGCUCUUCGGUGUGGCGAGGACUCUCUUCCUGGCGUCCACCCCGACAUCGCGCCCCGAGUUGCGGCACUGCGCGGAUGCGAUGCGACUCCUGCCCGCUCUUCGGCAGGCCCGCACGCGCCCUGCAGAUCACAAGGAACCCUCUGUGUCGAUGGUGCCAUCGUCCCUCACCGAGGAGACCGGCCUGCCUCCGCCUCCGCCGGAACAUCUUCCCGACGUGA